GGACCUUGGGAAAGCUGCAUCAAGUAUCAACCAACUUGGGCAAGAGUCAUGGUGCCCAUGUAGAGCAUUUAUGUGUGAUUGUUUUCAAUUUGAGAAUUCUGGGUUCUGGGUUGGUAGUGGAUUGCUAUCUUGAGUUUUCUUCAAAAGCAUCUGAUCGGAAUUUUAUUGGAGAAGUAGAGAUUGCUGGGGAAAAUGCAGAAGUUUAAGUACUAAAUUCUAAUGAUGAUCAUAUUGUAAUGGUUGGUACAAAAUUUUGUAUCAAAAUUUGACUAACAUGGUAGCAACUUAAUGCUUUCAUGCCUUUCUCUAAUAAUAUGGUGCCGAACAUUUCAAGUAGAUUUUUCUAAAGAAUGACGUGGGCUCAUAACUCAUGAUAUUUUCUGAACUGAUUUAUGCUGAUUUUUGAGAUUCAAGCUGCUUAUAACAUCCCACUACCUUGUUGCUUAUUGUUGAUUUAUUGAUGCAACAGUUCAAAUGUACAAAACUCUUUCAAGGAUGGCAAUGGAACGUUCUUAAGGCCAGCUUUUUUACCCAGAGGAUAUGGGCUUAACAAUGGCUCAAUUAAGCUCAAGUUGCAAAUUGGUGCUCGGUAUUUCUCAUCUGCAGAGCUCCCUGAGCAUACAGUCCUGGGGAUGCCUGCUUUAUCUCCUACUAUGAGUCAAGGCAACAUUGCAAAAUGGAGGAAGAAAGAGGGGGAUAAAAUAGAAGUGGGGGAUGUAUUAUGUGAAUUAGAGACAGAUAAAGCUACCCUUGAAUUUGAAAGUCUUGAGGAGGGGUUUUUGGCCAAGAUAUUAGUACCUGAAGGUUCAAAGGAUGUGCCUGUAGGACAACCCAUUGCAAUAACGGUUGAGGAUGCAGAAAAUAUCCAGAAAAUCCCUUCUAGUCUUGGCAGUGGGUCAGAAGGUGAGGGGCAGAAAACAUCUCAUCAAGAUGUUGGAAGACUGGAGAAAGUGGAGGGAAAAAGUUCUAUUAAGAUCAAUUCCUCGGAUCUUCCUCAUGUUGUAGUUGAAAUGCCAGCACUCUCUCCAACAAUGAACCAGGGAAACAUCUCCAAGUGGAGGAAAAAAGAAGGAGAUAAGAUAGAAGUGGGUGACGUGAUAUGUGAGAUAGAGACUGACAAAGCUACCCUUGAAUUUGAGAGUCUUGAAGAGGGGUACCUGGCUAAAAUAGUGGCACCUGAAGGUUCAAAAGAUGUGCCUGUGGGACAACCUAUUGCUAUAACAGUUGAAGAUCCAGAAACUAUUGAAACUGUGAAGACUUCUGUUGGUAGCAGUUCAGAGGUUAAAAAGGAAGAAGUAACCCAUCAUGACUCUAAAAAUGAAGUUGGAGAGCAGAAAUCUGGUUUUAAGAGGAUCAGUCCAUCAGCCAAGUUGCUCAUUGCAGAAUAUGGAUUAGAUGCAUCAUCAAUAAAGGCAUCAGGGCUUCAUGGUACUUUGUUGAAAGGUGAUGUCUUGGCUGCAGUUAAGUCAGGAAAAGCAUCUUCUAAAAUUUCUUCAUCCCAUGAUAAGGGAACAUCAUCACCACAAACCCAACCAAAGAAAUCUGCCCCAGCAUUGCUGGAGUCAAAGAGUUCCUUACUGCAGUUAGAUUCUUUCGAAGAUUUGCCCAAUACUCAAAUUCGCAAGGUUAUUGCAAGAAGGUUAUUGGAAUCAAAACAGGGUACACCACAUUUAUAUUUAUCUUCAGAUGUUAUACUGGAUCCUCUUCUUUCUUUUAGGAACGAGCUUAAAGAGAAGCACAAUAUUAAAGUUUCGGUUAAUGACAUAGUCAUCAAAGCUGUGGCAAUUGCUCUGAAGAAUGAACCAGAAGCCAAUGCUUACUGGGAUGCAACCAAAGGAGAGAUUAUUUUGUGCGACUCUGUUGACAUAUCAAUUGCAGUUGCUACUGAAAAGGGUUUAAUGACUCCAAUCAUUAGGAAUGCAGAUCAGAAAUCUAUUUCUUCAAUUUCCUCAGAGGUACAUAUUUCUUUAUUUAAUGACCUACAUUUUGGUCUGGUCAAGCAACUAGCUGAAAAGGCAAGGACAGGAAAGCUUGCUCCUCAUGAAUUUCAAGGAGGAACUUUCAGCAUUUCGAAUCUGGGGAUGUUUCCAGUUGACCAUUUUUGUGCGAUUAUAAAUCCCCCUCAGGCUGGCAUCCUCGCUGUUGGUAGAGGAAACAAAGUUGUUGAACCAGUUAUUGGUGCAGAUGGAAUUGAGAGGCCUGCUGUUGUCACCAAAAUGAACUUAACAUUAUCAGCUGAUCAUCGUGUCUUUGAUGGCAAAGUUGGAGGUGCAUUUCUCUCAGCAUUACGUUCUAACUUCAGUGACAUCCGGAGACUCAUCCUAUAAUUACCUGGAGAAUUUCUGAAAGUUAGUCCUCACCUGUACCAGAAUAGAGGAUGCCUCUGUAAACGUGAGUCGGGAAUAUUUCAAAACUAUGCUAAUUUUUACUUUUUCGAAGGAUUUCCAUUGCUGCAGCAACUUUGCAGUGAACUGAAGUUUUGUGAAUGAAUUCAUUGGUGUUGUUCAGAGUGAACCAAGAACUGAUGUAAAAGUUUCCAUAAUGUUUUGGUUACCAUUUUUCCAGAUUUUGAAGUGGUCUAUUGCCACGGACGGAUACCAAUAAUUAUUAUUAAUCAAUAAAAUAUUUUACAUUAU